ACGUUAUCCGCCAGACCCUGAUCCCUACCUCCAGGACGUUAUGGCGGCCAAGGUGAUGGAUAACUCCUCUCAGCUGUUCGUGAACUGGACCGCGGCACAAGGCGUCGGUAACUGUGUCGUCACCUACAGGAUCACCUGGCGCCCCGUCAGUGAGAGUAAUGGUAGUGGUACAUCUUACACCACCUCGCUGAGCCACACCAUCACCCAGCUGGAGGCCUGGACCACCUACCAAGUGUGUGUGGCCGCCACGACUAAAACAAAAUACAAUAAUGACAAAUGUACCAACACAACGACAGACGAGGACACCCCGGGACCUCCAGCCAUCACCCGGAUACAUUCUACAACUUCAGACUCUUUACUGGUGGUGUGGGAGCCCCCAGAGAAGCCCAGAGGCAUCAUAACAAACUACAGUGUUACCUGGAACACGUCGGUCGUGCCCGGUGUCACUGGAAACAUCACCCAGUACACUAUCACCAGCCUGGAGGCGUGUACCCUCUACAAUAUCACUGUCAAGGCCGCCACUAUCAAAGGUUAUGGUGACUGUGUUGACGCCAAUGGUACUACAGGUUCUAAGCCUCCAGAGGCAACACAGAAGGUCAGCUGUGACCUGCCCACUUCCCCUCACGACCUGACCGUCUCAUGGUCGAGUAUCACGUCAAGUUGUCCAGUACUGAGGUAUACAGUAAACUACACUGGUCACGUGCUGUGGUCACACGACAAUACACACGGCUCACGAGACACAGACACCAUAUAUGUGGACUUGAGGAACUUAACACCGUGGACGGCUUACAACGUGUGUGUAGCUGGAGUGAUUGUCAACAACAUUGUUGGUGCCUGGAACUGUUGCCAAGCCACUACCCCGGAGUCAGCACCAGGGCCGCCAGCCUCCCUUAACCUAACAGACAAGAGCAGCAGCAGCGUCAAGGUGUGUUGGGAUGAACCCGUCCAGCUGAACGGUGAGCUGACCCUCUACCAGCUGAUCUGGGGAGCCAACAACAAGAGCCUAUCCCACAACCUGACCUCCUACACCAUCUCUGGCCUCCAGUCCAACUCACUAUACAAUGUUACACUACAGGCGGGGACGGCGGCAGGUGUUGGACCACCUGUAUGGGACGCGGUGACCACAGACAAGGGCGUCAAUGUUGGAGGCAUCGUGGCGGGUGUGGUGGUGGGCGUCCUGCUGUUGGCUCUCAUAGUCGCUGCUGUCGUCUUCAGGGACAAACUGAAGGACAAGAUGAAGAAAAGAACACCACCCACGUCACCCCCGCCGGAGUUGCCUAUGACAUCUCGUCCGCCGAGUGUCGUCGUCAGCACCGAAGUGAAGAAGAAUGAGCUGCACGAAUAUAUCGAGUACCUGGAGGGGGACACCCAUCGUGCCCUCGAUGCAGAGUUAGCGCAAAUUGACGAACAGAGUCCCAGCUUCCCACACUUCCAUGCCAGAAAGGACUUUAAUAAACCCAAGAACCGCUUCCAAAAUAUUUAUCCAUUCGACCACGCGAGGGUGAAGCUGUCUCCCAUACCCGGCGUGGAGGGCUCUGAGUACAUCAACGCCAGCUACGUCCUGGACAUACACGAGAGACCUUACUUCAUCGCCACCCAGGGCCCCAAGCUGAACACCGUGAAGGACUUCUGGAGGAUGGUGAUGGAAAGGAGUGUACACCAUCAUCAUGCUCUCCAACGUCAGGGAGAAGGGCAGGUGGUGUACAGAAUGUAUCCUAAUGAAACUUGCAUCAACAUCGGCAGCUACAUCAUCCGCAACCACAGGGAGGAGAGGCAAGAACUGUACUCCAUCAGGUACCUGGAGGUGGCGGCGGGUGAGCAGAAGAGGAUGGUAAAGCAGUACCACUUCACCGCCUGGCCAGACUUCGGAGCUCCAAAACACGUCACUGACCUCCUCGACUUCAUGGCUGAUAUCCGCUCCACUAUGCCGACCAAUGGUGACCACCUCCUAGUACACUGUAGCGCUGGUGUGGGACGGACAGGGACGUUUAUUGGACUGUGGAACCUAAUAGACGAGGCUGACGCAGACACGACAACCGAGUACGUCAACAUCAAGCAGACAGUGAUGAAGAUGAGAAAACGACGACCCAUUAUGGUCCAGUCCACGGAACAGUUCUUGUACCUGACUAAAUGCAUCUCGGCGUACUUAGAAGCACCUCACCUGUGGGCCAAACAACAAGAAGACGACAACCACAUCUACGACAACGGUGCCUUCGAGGACAACGACGACCCUAUCUAUGUUAAUACUUAGAGCUAAUACUACUCCUUACUCCAAGUGUUACCGCCUACUACAAGAUCCACCACUGACUACAAGAGGUACUGAGAGAGUGGUGGCUUUUGUAGUGAGUGUUAGCUCUCAUUACAAGAGCUUCCACUCACUACAAGACCUGCCAUUCACUCCAAGGCCAACCACAGGAGAUAUGAAAAAUUUCUUUCUCGUAUGCAAAUGUGUUCAAGUUUCACCUAAUGUAAGCAGUCAACAGAAAUGAACCAAGUUAGCUGUGUGUCUUCAGAAAAACUCUCUUGACAGAAGCUACGAGUCAGUCCACAGGCAGGCGUUAAAGUUAACCUCAAGCAGGAGAGUCUGUACGUCUGUGUUGGCUGUAGUUACUCUUACAACAAGUUAUUUCGACUCAUUGAUAAGCAGAGGUGUGAUUAUUUACAACCAGUCGUUUGUAAAUAGGUUUGUGUUUUCCAGAUACUCAAGAAUAAGUGGGUAUAAUCCACCCAAGCCUUAAUCAACGUGUUUCUUUAAUUAUAAAUGGGCUUUUUUCCAUUCAGGUUUAUGAAUACUAAAUCCUCACUCACUGACUCACUAGCUGACAGGCGGAUUCACUCACUGACUAAAUAAUUUUCUUUUUCACCAGCCCGAACGAACGUGAACAGCUUAUGAUCAAUUAGUAACCACUUUUGUAACAGUUAAAACAAUUCUGCUUCACUUAGAAAACUGUCUCAUCAUAUCUUCACUUAAUACCACAGAUUUAAGUGACCUAGGUAUUUCUGACUCACUUACAUGUUUAUUAUUCACCCUUCUUAACAUCAGUGUUUGUAUAAGUGAAUCGUAGUGAGUAUUAUUGCAAGGUUUACUCUCUAGGUGGUAACACUUGCUUGUCUGUCUUCUUGAUAUGAAAGUAAACCUAUAGUAGGUCACAAUUUUAACUUCUUGACACUUUCUCUAGUUAUAAACAUAAAACUAGUAUUCUAUUCGAUAUGUAAAUUCGUUGGUGAUAUUAUUUACUCAAACCAUAGCAUUAAGAGGGUGGAAAUUAACAGUGGUGCUACAGAUUUCAUGUAUAUUGAAAUAGUGAGACAAGUCCAUGUUGAUCAAUGUACAGCACUCCGUUCUGAAUGAUGUUUACUACGGUGUUGUGUGUUUUACUUCGAGCUCCCUGUCAUGUCCUACAUCACACGUGUUAUUUCACUACUGGCUGAGGUUCUCACACACGUAGACCCUCCAGGCCUUCUUUGGGAGACAAAAUCGUCGAACUCAAGAAGAACUGAUGGAGAGGUGAGGACUUCUUUCGCCUGUGGAUUAAUACAGACAGAUAAUAAUAAUGAUGGUGGUGGUGCUGGUGGUCCACCCUAAACCACAUCCACACCCUGCAGGAGUACGGGAGUGUGAGGGAGACUAGGCCAAGAUGUAUAGUCACAUUACUCAUGAUGAAUAAAGCGGUUUCUAUUGGAUGAGUCGAUAAUAUGAACCCAUUCCGAGAUGCGACUGUCUGUGUGAUACAUAAUUAUUAAGUUACCUCAUUGAUAAGACGAUGGAAACUGGACCUCCAAGGUAAAGUGUUUCAGUAAAAUCGUUAUACAAGAUUACCAUUGGUAUGUAUAUAGACAAUGCAGUUAUACAGUUCAGCAUGUGUAUAGACAACGCAGGUAUACAGUAUAACAUAGACCGUGCUGGUAUACAACGAUAGUAAACAGUAUAGUAAUUCGAGUUAGGAUAAUCGACCAAAUCAUCAGACUCUUAAUCUAAAGAUUCAUUGGUCCCCUUCAGUAGUCUAGUAACCUAGUUUAGCCUCACAUGAAUUUUGGAACAUUGAACCUUCGAAGAAAGGAACCUGCUGAAAAAUGAACCUUCGGACCAAUGAAUCAUCAUAACAUAAGCCACUUAGUCUCAUUUUGUGUUGUCUCCUGAGGAAUGACUCUUAGGUCCUGUCUCCAUCUUCCUUGACAGUUUUACUCGCGGUGCUGUUCACUUGUGCUCUGUGGAUGUUCUUUGUGAUAAUAUUUAGUUGUAAAAAUGUUAGAGUACUGUACCUUGUGAAGAUGAUUAUUAUUGUUAGAAUUAUUGUUAAUUGAACAAUAUACCUGUAUGUUCGGCUUUGUAAUUAAAUAAAACACUAUUUAAAAAAACAUUUAAGUAU